GCAUUGGACCAUGUCAUAGUUUUUGUAUAAGACUUCUAAGUUAGCUGCCUAGCUACACUCUUGAACUCAAUAACCUCUCAUAUUUGAUCAUUUUCACCAUGGCCCCAUUGAUAUCAAGCAUACAGAUCUUGCCCAUUAGGGCCUCGCGGCCAACGGUGAAUCCUGAACCUCUGCCACCAUCUAUACUCUUACCACCCAUGUUUUCAACGGAACUGCUCCUGAAACUCUCAUCUCAUCUGCCAUCGCCAAAUCAGGUUUGCUUGGCCUUGACUUGCAAGGAACUCCUCGGCAUCUUCGGCUCUGUGCUCGAGGCUAAAGAGUUGAGAUUACCCCGGGUAGAUCUAACGAUAGAUGAGUCGGACGAGGAACUCGAUUCGGGCGAAGAAUCUGAUUUUGACGAGGAAGAUGAUUCGGACGGAGAAGGCUAUUCUGAUUUAGAUGAGGAAGAAGAUGGAAAUACGGAAGGAGAAGACCCCGAGUGGUAUUCGCGGAUACACCUUCUCUGCCUACUAGAAAACAACAAAUGGGCGUGCUGUGCGCAUUGUGAGAAAUUACAUCCACGUGAAGAGUUUCCAGCAGGUGAACUGUCAUCGAUUCCUUCCAGAAGACGAUGUGCCAAAUAUUUCAGCUACUUGAUAUAUGCCCUUGCAUCACCUCGUAAUCGAGCGCGUAUCGUCAGGUAUCUGCAGAAAAUAAGUGAAAAGCAGCCUCUUAGCUUGAUCGACAAGGGACUGCUCAAAGAUGCAAAAACUGAAAAAGAAGGCAAUUGUCUCUCUCACGAAUGUGGUGCCUAUCAGAGCAUUCGAGCUGAAAUGAAGUUCUAUCUCAGAAAAGGUGCUAAGUUAUUUGUCCGUACUCGGUUUGAGAUUCCUUCCUCGGCUUCCGCUUCCGCUUCGGAUACGAACAGUGUACAUCUGCCCUGAAGAGGACCUCGGCGACAGCUUACUGGAAAUGGAGGACUUUAAUGCCCCAGACUCCCAAAAUUGCUACCAGUGCCUAACACAUAUCAGAUUGCUAAGUUCUGAGCCCGAGUUGAAGGUGGUGCAAACCACGCGUUGCUUAGGGAAGGGCGAAUGGCCUUAUGAUCGUUAUGAUUCGGAUUUGUUAAGUCAGGGUCGAGAACUUAUAUUUAUCUAUCUUCAUUAGAAACUGUUUUUUAAUUGCUACCGUUAGCUGAAGGAGAUUUACCAUUCUGCAUUGCCCAAUCUCUCAUCUCCAUUCAGAGGACCUCGUGCACAACAACCACCCUUCUCGUCCUCGACAGACCCAGACCCAGACCCAGACCCAGGGAUCUAUCAACUACGCAAUAAUACCCCAGAUACACGUGCCAGCCAUGAGAACGUUAAUCGAAUAUUAAGAACAGUACUUCGAGCAAGUAGG